AUGGCAUUCGCCAACAGCACGGCGCCAGGUACGUAUGACGACUCCUGUUUCAUGACUGCCCGGGUGCGACCGUCAACACACAACACAAUAUAUAACACAUCACAAUCCCACCCACUGACCACCCACGCGUCUCCUCUCCAGAUCGCCAGCACCCGCCCCUCGGUCUGUCUCUCAACCUCUCUUCCAACAACCCCUACAACAGGUUCGGUGGAGCUCCCUCACCGCGCAUCUCGCCCUCCAACAAUCCCUGGGCCGAAGCUGCUCCCAGCGCGCGUCCCACCUCUACCAACCCAUUCCUCGACGCCAGCGAGAUGACCCCUUCCACAACACCCUCCAACAAUCGCGCCGCCGGCGACAUCAUCACCGACCGUCGAGCAAACAACGGCAACAAUCGCGGCAUUCCAGAUGACAUCUUUGUAUGUUCUCCUUAUCAUCUCUGCCCUGUACCUCCCCUGCCUUAUCCGUCCCCUUUGUGUCAUCCAUCCUGGCAAAUUCUGCUCCGCCGCCCAGUAUGAAACGCUGGUUCCAACAGCCAACCCAUUGCCUCCUUAUCCCUCCAAAUUUUUCGCCAUGGAGCGCUUCCACCUCUUCUGCCAGAUGUUUGCUGACUUCCCAACUUUGCAGGGCGAGCUCUCUCUGCUUGACAAGCCCCUUGUGAACGGUAUGUGUAAUCAGCUUGGCGGACAGCAUGCCCAACCAUAUCCGCUAACUCUACCAUCAGGUGCGUCAGCACAGAACAGUGCUCCAAACCGUCCUCCGCCCGGAUACCGCCCACGUGGUCCAGAAGAUCGACGCGGUCCACCACCACCUCGUCCUGCCGGAGGUCCCAAUAGUCCCGUUAAGCGCGAGGGCAGACAUCCUCAGCUACAGCGUCGCGCCUCAGAGUCAUCGGUACUGGAGAAGGAACGACGGCCGCGGAUGGAUCGUGACCGUCGGGAGCGCCCAGAGCGCACCGAGUCUGAGGAGCGGAGGCGGCGAGAGAGACGGCGAGAGCGGGAGGAACGCCAUAAGAGAGAAAAGGACAAGGUCCGAAGCGGGGAGAAACGUACGAGAAAGCCACAAGGGCUCGACAUCAUCGACAAACUGGAUGUAACCGGAAUCUAUGGACAAGGACGUAUGUGUCACAAUACGCAUAUGCGCUGUAGUUGGACGGUCGCUGACAUGCAUUAGUCUUCCAUCACGAUGGUCCUUUCGACGCCUGUAAUCCACACCGCAACGCGAAGAAAGACAGGCGUGCACCAAUGCAAGCCUUUCCGGUCGGCUCUGCAAAUAUGGCCCUCGGAGGCGCAGGCCCGCUGAGAUCUCGGCUGGAUUUGGACAAAUUCCACGGUCGCGGCGUGGAAGGCUUCAACGACUUCUCGACGACAAGGAAGACAGAUACCGCCAUCAUCGAUCCUCUGCAGCGCACAGAGCCUGUACAUGGAGAUGAAUCUUACGGUCUGGGCACUUCCACCUUCCUCGAGGGCGCUCCUGCUACCAGGAGCGCAUUGCAGAGACGUGAUUCGGAGGAUCCCGUCAUGGAGGGAGCUGGAGGCGGGGGUCCAGGACUGUCUAGAAAGAAGUCCAUUGCGCAGCGCUUUCGCGGAAUGUCCGGCUCUCGGCGAAAUGCUCCAGGCAUGCAGAGCCCUGAAGCGAGAUAUGGCUCUUCUGAUCUGGAUGCACCUGGAUCAGCUCACCCGCAGAUCAAGGCAAUCAGUGCAGGGGGAGUGCAGCGGACGAGGUACAACAAGGAGAAUGAGGUCAAUCCGUUCGAGAACGACUACGAAGCAGCCUUCGACAAGAAGGGCACCGAAAUCCGCAUUGCGGAGCAAGAUCGGCCAUCACUUGGACGCCCACAGACUUCGGGCAGUCCACUGACCCGGAGUCGUACUUCUGAAGCAAACGUGCCCACUCGGAUCCGGCGAAGCAACGAGGAGGAACGUCGAGCGAACGGUGGCAGCGGAAGUGGCGGUGGAUUCUUGAGCCGCAUGCGCUCUCUGAAAGGAGGUCCACGCCGAGCCCGGAAUGAGGCUUGA